UCCCACCAGUGACACCAACCUGACCGCUACCCGUAAUGAAAGAAUUUGACCAUUAAAAUUAGACAGCGCCGUUGGUUUCAUUGUAUGCGACUUGCGUUCUUACUGUUCUCAGUGUUCUCAGUGUUCUCACUCUCAGUGUUCUUUAUUCUCUUCUCACUUCUCUCUGUGUACCUACAUUCGGCACGUUCAGUCUAGUCUACACUUUACAUUAUUCUUCCGAUUUUCUGUGUAAUAAUUAAUACUGUACUAUGCUGACUGCGUGAAGAGUGUAGUGUGUAAUAAUAUUAAUUAAUAUCAUAUACUAAAAUAAAUAAUAACUUUGAUCAUCAAUUAAAUAUACACCUUUAUAAUCAAUGCUUUAGUCUUCCGACUAGGUUUUCCAAUUACAACCUAAACCACAAAAUAACGUGUGAAUCGUGAAUGGUGUCCAAGUACCACCAAUUCGUCAGCCCUCAUAUUUCAUCACUCAUCAAAUCGUUGCACGGCCAAUCCAUUACAUAGUUUAAUAGGUAAAAUGUCCGUAAAAGAAAUGGAUUCUUUACAAAAAGAAUUUCAGAUGUCAAAUAGAUGUGAACCUACAAAAUAUAAAAAUAGUUUUCACACAUAUGAAAUGUUUGAAGUCCUUCAAUCUUUACGCAAAAAUGAAGAGUUUUGUGAUGUUAAAUUACAAACAGACGAUGGUACUAUAAUAUUUGGUCAUAAAAAUAUAUUGGUAUCAGCUACCUAUUAUUUCAAAGCUAUGUUUUCUAAUUUUGUUGAAAGUAAUAACUAUCUUGUUAAUAUAAAAGAGUUAAAUUCCACAAUUUUACAACUGUUGAUAGAUUAUAUUUAUACUAGUGAAAUUAUGAUCACUGAAGAAAAUGUACAGGUUUUAUUACCAGCUGCAAAUCUUUUACAGUUAAACUAUGUAACAGACGCAUGUGUAGAUUUUUUAAAACAUCAACUGGAUUCUUCAAAUGCUCUUGGUAUUAGUAGAUUUGCUGACUUACAUAAUUGUAGCGAAUUGUUGUCAAAGUCUCAAGCAUAUAUUAAAAAACAAUUUAUAGAAAUAACUAAAUGUGAUGAAUUUCUAUCUUUAUCUUCUGAAGAAUUGAUUAAUUUGAUUUCCUGUAAUGAUCUUUUCGUUCCAUCAGAAGAAAAAGUGUUUAAAUCUGUUCUUAAUUGGGUAAAACAUGAAUUGGAUUGUAGAAAAGAUUUUUUGCCCAAUCUGAUGAAACAUGUACGCUUGCCAUUAGUUUCAAAACAGUAUUUAUUAGAAAAAGUAGUUAAUGAACCUCUUCUUAAAAAUAGUCUUGAAUGUAAUGGAUAUGUAUUUGAAGCAUUAGAGUUUUUUGUCCUGAAGUCAGUACAUCCUUUCACCAUUCCACAGAUGAUUAGAAGUACACCUAGACAAUCUGGUAGUUUACAGAAAGUAGUUCUAGUGUUGAGUUGGUCACCAACAGCAAAAAAGAGUUAUGCUAACUGGUAUGACCCAUUUACCAAACUAUGGCAGAUUGCACCAAGAACGAUUAAAAGCCGCGAAACAGCUGGUCUAGUAGUUAUAAAAAAUAAAUUUGUGGUAAUUAUGGGAGGUAACUCAGAUUCUCAAACUGUUGAAAUGCUUGAUUUAUCUUCACAAUCACCCUGUUGGGUACAGAUGGUAGACAUGAUAGUUAAAAGAAAAGAUUUAGGAGUUGGUAUAUUAGACAAUUGUAUUUAUGUUGUUGGCGGAUAUGAUGGCACUAAGUAUUUAAAUAAUGCAGAAGUUUUUGAUGUCAAUAAUCAAAAAUGGCAAAUUGUAUCUAAUAUGUUAAGCAAGAGAAAUAGUUUUGGUGUUGGAGUACUCAAUAACCUCUUAUAUUCAGUAGGAGGUUAUGAUGGUUCAUCAUAUUUGAAAACUGUGGAAUGCUAUGAUCCCAGUCUUAACACGUGGGCAAUAGUUGCAGAAAUGUCUAUACGUCGCGCGGGUGUUGGUAUUGGAGUCUUGAAUGGUGCAAUGUAUGCUAUUGGUGGUAUUAAUGAAUCAAGUGUUCUUAACAGUUGUGAGAUCUAUCAACCAAUUACUGGACUUUGGACUCCAAUUACAAAUAUGCAUUUGGCUCGAUAUAAUCCUGGAGUAUUUAUAUUGAAUGGCUUGUUAUAUGUAAUGGGUGGAAACAACCGCUCCGUUAUUUUAGAUUCUAUAGAAAUUUAUAAUCCAAUUACUAAUACUUGGUCAAUGGAAACCUUCUCAACAAAUGGUAAUCAAAUUUAUGGUGCAAUUGUUGUCGAUAGUCCACCACAUUUCGGAACUUUAUGUACAGAACAUAAACAAUGUAUUUUUUAGUUGUUAAGAUAAUACAUACUAUAUUCAAUAUUGUUAUAC